AUGAACCCCGCCGACCUAACCCUCUCCCUCUCCCCGACGCUUACGACGAAAACCCUGCCCACGCCGCAGUCUUCCGCGCAGAAGCAUGGUGGGAAAGCGCCCGUUCCGCGCAUUGAACUGGAACCCAUCGCGACCGCUCUCAAAGCCGCCCUGGGCGAGGGCUGGACGGAGUAUAAGACCGCCGUUAGUAGCUUCCUGCUGGGGAACAUCAAUCAAGCCGAGCUGAGCUACGUCAUCAACCCAUUACUUUCUCCGGCCUUGACGGUGUUGUCCGUACUUGACCCCGCGCGUCCGGCCACGUCGACACUACAUCUGCAUAAUCAAUUCUUGGUGUGUCUGUACGCGAAUGUCUACCGUGACGCCCCGCCGAGUGAAGUCGCGAGUUGGGUCGUCGCGACGGAUAAACCUGCGUCUACUUCGAAGAAUGGCGGGGCCGGUGGUGCGGGGGGCGUGGGGGGGAGCGAUGAGGCGGAGGAGAGGCUGAAGAGGGAGGUCAUGGGUCUUCAUCCGCGGGAUCGGCGGAGGUUGAAGAUGGUCAAGGAGAAUGCGAGCGCGGAUGUGGAUGCCGGGUUGAAGGAGAUGAUGGAGUAUCAUGAUGAGCUGGCUGUUAAACCACCGACGGCGAAUGCGCAUGCGAAUGAUGUGCCGCCGAGUGCGGGCGGGAUGGCGUUGGCGAAGGGGAAUUGGGAUAUCGAGACCCGGCGCCGAUAUGCGCAACCGCUUGCUGCGGAGACGUUGGAGUUCCCCACCCUCGCCGACCUGCAAUCCCGCAUCGAACCCAUCUGCGCGGAAGAAGGCUUACCCACCAAUACAACGGGUAUGCACGACCUCGCUGGCCUAGUCGAGCAAGCGACGGAAGUCUACCUGAAGGAAAUGAUCGGGACCCUCUGGUCGCAUGUUCGCGCGGAUGGGGUUGGGGAGGGUACGGUUCAGACUUCUGCGUUCCGGAAGCGGCUGAGGAAGGAAGAAGAGGAGGUGGAGAGGGGAGUCGUGCAGCGGAAUGCGCUGGGUUUAUUGCCGGUCGAGUUGGAGGUCCAGGCGCGGAGGAUGCCGUUGGAGAUGGAGGAUUUGCGGGUGGGGUUGGGGGUCGGGGACGGGUAUUUGCGGGGGAGUGGGCUUUUGGGGGAGGGGAUUUGGUUGGAGAGGUUUGCGGAU